AUGAAAGACCGGCUAAACGAGCUGCGUGAAUUUGCCAAGUUACACAACCAACAGUUUUCUGCUAUUGACGAUGAUGAAAAUUCACCCCAAGAUGUUCUCCUUUAUGAGACUGAUUAUGCCUUGGAAAUUCUUCAUAAAGACAUACAGAACAUCCGGAUGGAAAAUGACCACCUAAAGGAGGAUGUCAAACGGCUCAGAAAGCAAAACAACCGCUUCCUUACUUCCAUGCGCCGCCUUAGUAGCAUCAAACGAGACACCAAUUGUAUUGCCAGAGACAUCAAGGCCCGCGGAGAAAACAUCCACAGGAAGCUCCAGAUAAUGAGAGAUUUCAGCGAAGACGCAAUAACAAAAUACGGGGCUAUGUCUGUCAUUGCCAGGGUGGCGAAGAACCACUACGUUGACCUCAUGCACGCCUUUCAGGAAGCCAUGUUUGAAUACAAUGCAACCGAGAUGAACCAACGGGAGAACUGCAAGAUCCGAAUUCAGCGUCAGCUAGAGAUCAUGGGCAAAGACGUUUCUGGCAACCAGAUCGAGGAGAUGAUUGAGCAAGGCAAGUGGGACGUCUUCUCAGAGAAUCUCUUGUCGGAGGUUAAGGGGGCUCGCUCGGCCUUGAAUGAGAUAGAGACACGUCAUAAGGAGCUGGUGAAGUUAGAAGGUCGCAUUAAGGAAAUUCACGAGCUCUUUCUGCAGGUAGCCCUGCUUGUGGAGGAACAGGCAGACACCUUCGACGUCAUUGAGAUAAAUAUGCAAAACGUUGAGGACUAUGUAGGAGAAGCUAAAGAGCAAGUGAAAAAAGCUUUGGAAUACAGAAGAAAACACCCCCUCAGAACCAUCCUCUGUUGCUGCUUAUCCUGUUGUAGAAGGUGA